AUUAAUUAAUUUAUAAAUAAAUUAUAAACCAAAAAACUAUUCAACUAUAGAGUACACUAUGAAUAGACAAAACUAUUGCGUCAGAAACGAUAUGAGGAUCUUAGUGCUGAUUGUUGUGCCUCAACAUAGAGCCAUAACGAAGCAAGAGAUCAUCGAAUGUAUAAGUGCGAUCUUCGGUAUACCCAAGGAUCAUGUAAUAAAUCAAAUAAAUAAAGCUUUAAGAUGGGCAUUACAGACUAAAAAAAUUAAAAUACAUGAUAAAAAAUUUAUAAAGACUGUAUCUCUUGAUUUUUGGUCAAGUACAGAAAACCAAACCGAAAGUAAAAUUAUAUGUUGCCCUCAUUGUCAUCACAGGAUAGUUUUGAACCAAUUAUAUUGGAGCUCUCUUAUGAAAAUACGUUCUCCAAGAUUCAAUAUCAGAUGGUUUUGUAAAAAUAUAUGCAAAUAUUGUAGAAGAAAACGUAGUGUCUCUUGAAAGGUCUAGAUCUUUGUGUAUACGUUAUUGUGAUGGUGACACAGAAAUCGAGAAGAAAACAAAAGAUCUGUUACAAAGUUUAUACAAAUGCAGAUGAUUAUAUCCCAACAUAAAACACAAAAUUCUAGACGAGGACCUCUUCACAAUAACAAAACUUUGGCUAUGCGGUUUUAUAAAAAUUUUUGGGUACUCUGGUGAUUUCUGAUUUGAAAUAUUGAAAAGAUCCUCUUUUAUGGUUUCAUGUACUAUAUAAUAAACGAAUUAGUAACUUUUUAUAAAUGUCAAUUUGAAGAAAAAUAUUCAUCUGAUAUUCAUAUUGUUCUGCUAAAAUUACAACAUAGAAAAACCUUAAUAAAAGC